GCGUGGGGGCUGGUGGCCGCUGGGCGGGCGGGGCACAGGCCGCGAGGCCCGAGCCGGUAGGAGCCAGCGAGCGAGCCGAGGCGCGGAGGAUCCGAUUCACUCGCUGGGGAGACCUAUGGACCGAAGUCGUGUAAAUGGUUUUUAAGCAGGGGCCUCGGCCCCGCGACUGCCACUCCUCAGGGGUGUUGCACAAGUUUCGAGGUCAUCGGAGACUCCCCCUAGCAGCGGCCUGGCUCUGGCCCCCUGAAGGGCUUGGCGGAGGCAGCGGCCCCAGAGGCUCCAUCCAGCCCUCUGGCUCCUCCUCAGCAUGGCUGGCUACCUGAGUGAAUCCGACUUUGUGAUGGUGGAGAAGGGCUUCAGCACCCGAGACCUGCUGGAGGAGCUCACUCUGGAGGCCUCACAGGCCACCAAGGGUGAGGUCAGUGCCCUCUUCGUGGCUGACCUGGGGGCCAUCGUGAGGAAGCACUUGUGCUUUCUGAAGUGCCUGCCGCGCGUCAGGCCCUUUUACGCUGUCAAAUGCAACAGUAGCCUGGGCGUGCUGAAGGUCCUGGCCGAGCUGGGGCUGGGCUUCAGCUGCGCCAACAAGGCAGAGAUGGAGUUGGUCCAGCGUAUUGGUGUCCCAGCCAGUAAGAUCAUCUACGCCAACCCCUGUAAGCAAAUUGCACAGAUCAAGUAUGCUGCCAAGCAUGGGGUCCAGCUACUGAGCUUUGACAACGAGAUGGAGCUGGCAAAGGUGGCAAAGAGCCACCCGAGUGCCAAGAUGGUUUUAUGCAUUGCCGCCAAUGACUCCCACUCCCUGAGCCGCCUGAGCCUCAGGUUUGGAGCAUCACUGAAAUCCUGCAGACACCUGCUUGAAAAUGCCAAGAAGAGCUGCAUGGAGGUGGUGGGUGUGAGUUUUCAUGUUGGCAGCGGCUGUCCUGACCUUCAGGUCUACGCUCAGUCCAUCGCAGAUGCCCGGCUUGUGUUUGAAAUGGGUGCUGAGCUGGGCCACAGGAUGCACAUCCUGGACCUGGGUGGCGGCUUUCCUGGAGUGGAAGGGGCCAAAGUGAGAUUCGAAGAGAUUGCUUCUGUGGUCAACUCAUCCUUGGACCUCUACUUCCCAGAGGGCUGUGGUGUGGAAAUCCUUGCUAAACUGGGGCGUUACUAUGUGACCUCAGCCUUGACCUUGGCAGUCAGCAUCAUUGCCAAGAAGGAGGUUCUUCUGGACCAGCCUGGCAGGGAGGAGGAAAAUGGUUCUGUCCCCAAGACCAUCGUGUACCACCUUGAUGAGGGAGUGUAUGGAAUCUUCAACUCAGUCCUGUUUGACAGCACCUGCCCUACCCCAAUCCUGCAGAAGAAACCAUCCAUGGAGCGGCCCCUGUACAGCAGCAGCCUGUGGGGCCCAGUAGCUGAUGGCUGUGACUGUAUAGCUGAGGGUCUGUGGCUGCCACAACUACACACAGGGGACUGGCUGGUCUUUGAGAACAUGGGCGCCUACACCGUGGGCAUGGGUUCCUUCCUCAGAGGGACCCAGACCUGCCGCAUCACCUAUGCCAUGUCCCGAGUGGCCUGAGAAAGAAGAAAAAGGCAUUAAACAUGGGGAGAAUGUUGAGACCUCCAGGCCUGUACAGGGGAAUCUGACAGAGGUCUUCUGGUGCCUGGACUGCACAGGCACUUGCCUCCUUUGAGCACCUCCCUAAGCAAUGCACUGGCAGAGAACCCUCGUGCCGUUCUGGAGAACCAUUCUGGAGUCCCAGAAGUCAUUUUUCUUGUUGGCCCCCAUAGACCCACCCAUUCUGCCCUGGGACCUCACUUGAGGGACAGUCUGCUCUCAAUACCUCCAACCCACCUGUGCCCUUCUGAAGCCCCUCCUGUGAGCUCACUCACUCACUCACUCACUCACUCACUCACUCACUCUGGGAGGUUAACAGACCUGCUACUGCCCUAGACCAAGCCGCCAUCCUCUGUCACCCUAGGAUUGGCUCCCACCUUCCUCUUUACAGUCCACUCCACUCAGCAGCCAGAUCCUGUCACUCCAGUGAUUCGCAUUUCACCAAGAAUAAAGUUUGUCCUGAUGUAACUACCUGUGAAUCCCUCUCUCCCCACUUACCACUCCCCAGCCACACUGGACUCUGUUCCUCAGAUAC